CCACAACCGAGCCGAACCAUGCAGGGGCGCAGUAGGGACGCCGCCACCGUUGCGGCAGCGGUGGUGUGCGCAGCUGUGCUGCUGCUCGGCGACGCCUGCUGGGCCGUCUCGGCGCAGGCGGCGGCGGCGGAGGACAAGAUAAGCGCCCUGCCGGGGCAGCCGCCGGUGGGCUUCGCACAGUACUCCGGUUACAUCCCGGUGGACGCCGCGGGGAAGCGCUCGCUCUUCUACUACUUCGCCGAGGCGGAGGCGGAUCCGGCGGCCAAGCCGCUCGUGCUCUGGCUCAAUGGAGGGCCUGGCUGUUCAUCUGUGGGAGUGGGGGCCUUCUCAGAGAAUGGGCCGUUCAGGCCUAGUGGCAAUGCGCUAACAAGGAAUGAGUAUAGCUGGAACAAAGAGGCCAAUAUGCUGUAUUUGGAGAGCCCUGCAGGGGUUGGCUUCUCCUACUCCACUGAUCCUGCCUUCUAUGAGGGUGUUGGUGACAGCAUGACAGCCAGAGACAAUUUGAAGUUCUUGCAAGGCUGGUUUGCCAAGUUCCCGCAGUACAAGGGCAGAGACCUGUAUAUUACAGGGGAGAGCUACGCUGGCCACUAUGUUCCACAAUUAGCCCAGCGCAUGGUUGAGUUCAACAAGAAGGAGAAGCUAUUCAAUCUGAAAGGCAUUGCUCUUGGCAAUCCGGUGCUGGAAUUCUCCACGGAUUUCAACUCGCGCGCCGAGUUCUUCUGGUCGCACGGCCUGAUAUCGGAUUCCACCUACAACAUCUUCACGACGGUGUGCAACUACUCGCGGUACGUGAGCGAGUACUACCAUGGUUCCCUGAGCACGGCCUGUGACAGGGUGAUGAGCCAGGUGACGAGGGAGACCAGCAGGUUCGUCGACAAGUACGACGUCACCCUGGACGUCUGCAUCUCGUCGGUGCUCAUGCAGUCCCAGAUCCUCGCCCCGCAGCAGCAAGGGAGCCGGGAGCUGGACGUGUGCGUGGAGGACGAGACGAUGAACUACCUGAACCGGAAGGACGUGCAGCAGGCCAUGCACGCGCGCCUCACCGACGGCGUGCAGAGGUGGACGGUCUGCAGCAGCGUUCUGGAGUACAAGCAGCUGGACCUGCAGAUCCCGACCGUGAACAUCGUGGGCGCGCUGGUGAAGUCGGGCAUCCCGGUGCUGGUGUACAGCGGCGACCAGGACUCGGUGAUCCCGCUGACGGGCAGCAGGACGCUGGUGAGCCGGCUGGCGGGCAGGCUCCGCCUCAACACCACGGCGGCGCCGUACCGGGCCUGGUUCCAGGGGAAGCAGGUGGGCGGGUGGACGCAGGUGUUCGGCGGCGGCGCGCUGUCCUUCGCCACGGUGCGCGGCGCCUCCCACGAGGCGCCCUUCUCGCAGCCCGAGCGCUCGCUCGGCCUCUUCAGGGCCUUCCUCGCCGGACAGCAGCUGCCGGAAUCGUUCCAGUGAUGAUGCAAGUUGGAGGAAGGGCCGGGGGAGCCACCAGCCACGCUUCCUCGUCUACUCCUCCUGAGUCCUGUCCUUCGAAUUCCUAGCUAUAUAUGUUGUGAGCGCGCAGUGCAGUGCAGGUAACGCAGGUUGCGUUGCGUGUGUCGUGGGGUCCGGCCGCUCUUGAGACUGGCAAAAACCCCAAUUGGGUUCUUCUCCAAGUGUAAUCAGGAUAAUAAUAUCAUUGAAAGGGGAUGAGAAUGUAUUGCCAGAUAUGUUGUCGAGA